GUAUUAGUUUGUAGCCCACAUUUGCCACCUAGAGUUCCUCCGCUGCCAGUGAUGGCGCCGCCGACCAGCUGACCCUUUCCUUUCAGGUGGAGGUGUUACUCUCCUCUACGCCGCCAAAGAACUGGAGAAGCUGCCAACAGCCAACUUUGAUCAGAAAAAUGGUGUCCAAAUUAUUCAAAAUGCUUUGAAGACACCCAUUUUUACGAUUGCAGCAAAUGCUGGUGUCUCCCAGUGGUGCUCCAAGUUGCCGGGAUCGAUGCUCUUGAUGUCCUCGGGGCGCUUGGGGGUGCCGCAGUGCUGGUUGAAGCGCUGUGCGAGGCGGCGAUUGGCGUUGGGGUUAUCGUCGCCGACGAUGAUGGGUAGGUUAGGGAAGCCGUUUAUCUCGAGGGCGGAGAUGAGGGUGUCGUAGUUGGCGUCGAAGACGAUGGUGUAGGUGGCGGGGCCGUCGACGAUGGGGGCGGCGCCGCCAUCAAAGAAGGCGAAGUUGAGGGGAAAGUGGGAGUCAACGUAAAGGCUGAGGAAGGGGUAGAUGUUGAUGAGGCCCAUCACCCUUUUAGCAUAAGGAGAAUGAACAAACGGGCUAAAGCGUGAAUUGAGGCCCAAACCCACAACUCCUAUUAAAACUGCCAUUAGGGUUUCGGCCCCUCUUUCUUCACCAAUACUUCCAUUCAGCUUCCCGCACACUGCAACAACCAUACGCCGUCGAUAUUCCUCAAGGUGAAUCGCGGAGAAGAUAUGGCGGAAGCUGUCGUAGCUGUAGCUGCUCCUGCUGCUCUGAGCGAUGAAGAGAAGAUUCAUACCGGCGUUUUGCUCUUCAACCGCUGGUCUUAUGACGAAGUUCAGAUCAGUGAUAUCUCUGUGGAAGAUUACAUCACUGCCACUGCAGCCAAGCAUCCAACCUUCAUGCCUCACACCGCUGGAAGGUACCAAGCCAAGCGCUUCAGGAAGGCUCAGUGCCCAAUCAUUGAGAGGCUUACGAACUCCCUUAUGAUGCACGGGCGCAACAAUGGAAAGAAGCUCAUGGCUGUAAGGAUUAUUAAGCAUGCCAUGGAGAUCAUCCAUUUGUUGACUGACCUGAACCCAAUUCAAGUCAUUGUUGAUGCAGUUAUCAACAGUGGGCCAAGGGAAGAUGCCACCCGUAUUGGGUCAGCUGGAGUGGUGAGAAGACAGGCUGUUGAUAUCUCUCCUCUGCGCCGUGUCAAUCAGGCUAUUUACCUGCUCACCACUGGUGCUCGUGAAAGUUCCUUUAGAAAUGUCAAGACUAUUGCAGAGUGCCUUGCUGAUGAACUAAUCAAUGCAGCAAAAGGCUCUUCAAACAGCUAUGCUAUAAAGAAGAAGGAUGAGAUUGAGAGAGUUGCUAAGGCUAACCGUUGAAAGUGGAAGUUUCAAGUUUUCAGGACAAUUUCCAUCCUGUUAUCUUGCAUCCAUCUUAGUGAUGACAACAUACGAGAUGGUUCUUUUUUGUCAGCGGCUUUGGAAGGACAAAAACAUUUGCCUAGAAUACAUGCAGAACCUGAAAUCAUUUGUCUUUAAUGUUUUAUUUUCGUUGAGAGAAAUUAGAACCUGUUGAUUUUUAUUUUUAUGUUAUUGCAAAUCUUUCCCAAGUAUAAUUAAGUUUCGGUCUUAAGCUGUUUGCAA